AUGUCCAAAUCAUCUUCAAAAUCGUCUUCUGCGAAAUCAAUUGUAAAGACAGUUGAUCUUACUUCCGUUUCCAAUUUUUAUAAAGACAUUAUUGAACUUGUUCUAUUAUGUACACUUACUGAAGAACCAUCGACUUCUUCAUCAUCAAAGAUAUAUUUAACUGAAUUAGCAUCAUUAGAUAUUGAAAAAUGGGAUAAAAAUCGAGUUGAUCAAGCAUUAUUUGAACGCCUUCGUAUGUCUGAUCCAUCAAGUCAAUUGAUAACAUCAACUACGAAGAGUUCAUCAAUAGCACAUGAGAUCAUAACUGAAAAUCGUUGCUUACAUUAUUUAUCUGGAUGUUAUCAAAGAUUGUUACAACAACGAAAUCAUUUUCAAUUAAUAUUAGAUCAUAUACAAAACUUAUUUAUCGAUCAUGGUAAAACAGCAAUAAUAUUACCAAGUAUGUAUGAUGAUCAAGAUUUAUCUAAACAAUGGAUAGAGUUAUUAAUUGAAUCUAAUGAUAAUUCAAUAUUAUGUGAAUAUAUUGAUCGCGUUAAUAAUGAACUCUUAUCGUCGAUGACUAAUGAAAUUGAAAGUUUUUAUAAAACAGUUUUUUAUUAUAUGUAUAAAGCUAUUUACCCAUUAGACUAUUUUUCUAAUGAAGUGAUUUCUUACAUUUCCGUAUUAACUCAUUUAUCACAAUGGUCAAUACUUGUUCAAAUCAUCUUUCGAUUAUCUCACCCAAAAACAUUAUCUAAUCGUUCAUCAAGAAAUACUGAUAUAUCAUCAACAAGUGGUAGAGCAUUUCAAGAUACAUUGAUUGGUAGUCUUCUAUCAAAAUCAUGUUUACCUUCAAUACCUGGAAAACCUUUUUUAUUUUUUAAUAAACCUAAAUUAAUGAGUGAACGUAAUAUUGAAAUAACAGCUACAACAGUGUGGCAGCCAAUGAAAACAUAUCAAGAUCAUCUAUCACAACUAUUUAAAGCUUGUGUUAAAAAUGCUGAUGCACGAAAUGAUGUUUUACAAUGGAUUGGUGAUUGUUUUGAUACAAAUCAAGGAAAAAAUCAAGAAUGGUCAUCUCAUGAUCCAUUAGCUGCAUUUUUAUUUGUUAGUGAUGGUUUUCUACUUAAUUUAAAUGUUGUUUUACUUAGUCUUGCAAAACCAUUUGCUGAACCUUAUUCAUCAAGAUUAUUAAAAAUAAAUCCUCUUUAUGCUAUUAGUCAAAAUGAAAAAGUUCAUUUGAAAGAGCUUUAUAAAGAAACACCAUUAAUUAAUCGUCAAGACGAAAAUGAAGAAGAAAAAAAUCCACAAAUAACAUUUAAUUUUAUUACCGAGAUAUUUUUUAUGUCACAUUUUAGUUAUUCAAUUUCAGUACAUAGACUUCAUAGAAUAUUAGUAAAAAUUAGUGACGAAUUAACACGUCUACGAGAUGCUUAUAAUAAUGCUGUUAAAUCAGAUGGACCUAAUCAUGAAACUUCUAUAAAAUUAGGAGAAGCCAUGGAAAAUGGUCUCACUGCAUUUUUAAAUAUUAAAACUGUGCUAAAUGAACCUUAUUUAUUGGAAUUAUCGAAUGCCUUAUUUACAGCUACAUGUUCAUGGCUUGUUCAUCUUGCAUCAUCUUCUUCUAAUCAUCAACAAAACUCAGACGGAGAAGAACAAAUGAAUGUUCUUAAGAAAUUACCAUUAACAUCUGAACCUAAUCGACAAUUAAGUUAUAUUCCAGAAUUUAUUAUCGAAAAUAUAAUUGAUUAUCUUAAAUUUCUUACUCGAUAUAACAUACAAUUAUUUCAAUCAAUGGAAUCAUCAAUCACUGAAUAUAUUAAUCUUAUACUUGUAUUUAUGGGUGAUAUGAAUCGUUUACGUAAUCCUCAUUUACGUGCAACAUUAGCUGACGUACUUGAAGAUAUUCUACCAAAUGAACAACACAAUAAUAGUCGAAUCAUAAAUAAUUCAUAUACUGAAACCAUAUUUCAAGAAUAUCCAUUAAUUGAACAUUUACCACGUGCACUUCUUGAUGUAUUUGUAUCAAUUGAAUUAACUGGACAAGGAGUUGCAUUUGAACAAAAAUUUAAUUAUCGUCGUCCAAUGUAUAAUAUACUUGAAUAUCUUUGGAAAUUUGAUAAACAUCGAAUACAAAUUAAAAAACUUGCGUCAUAUGCUGAACGACAUAUUGAUGAUGCUGAAGCUCCACUUUUCUUACGUUUUAUUAAUUUACUUAUGAAUGAUGCAAAUUUUUUAUUAGAUGAAGCGUUAACAUAUAUGGCAAGAUUGAGAGCAGAUCAAGAAGCAAAAGAACGUGGUGAAUGGAAUGAAAUGCCUGACAAACAACGACAAGAACUUGAAAACACAUUUCAACGUACUGGUCGAAUAGCACGUUAUAUGAAUAUAAUGGGAAUUAAAACGCUUACCAUUUUCGAUAUGAUAACACAAGAAAUCAAAUCUAUAUUUUGUCAUCCGGCUAUUUGUGAACGACUUGCUGCAAUGCUUAAUUAUUGUUUACAACAUCUAGUUGGACCUAAACGACGAAAUUUAAAAGUACGUGAUUUAAAUGAAUACUUAUUUGAUCCACCAAAACUUGUGGCUAAAGUAACAGAUAUUUAUUUAAAUUUUUCUCAAUAUAAUCAAUUUUGUGUAGCUGUUUCAAAUGAUGGAAUGUCGUAUAAUGAACAACUUUUUCCACAAGCUGUUGAAGUACUUCAACGAAUUCAAUAUCCAUCUGAAAGAAUCGAUGAAUUUCUACAACUUGGUAAACGUAUUAAAAAAGUUGCUGCUGAACAAAAAGAAGAAGAAGCUGCAUAUGAUGAUGCACCUGAUGAAUAUCUCGAUCCGAUUACAAGUAUAUUAAUGAGUGAUCCUGUUAUGUUACCAAGUUCUCGAAAAAUACUCGAUCGAACAACUAUUGCACGACAUCUUCUUAGUGAUCAAACUGAUCCAUUUAAUCGAAAUCCAUUACGUAUGCAAGAUGUGAUACCACAAAAUGAAUUAAAACAAACAAUUGAACAAUGGAAAGCUUUCCGACGUGAAUAA